UAUCCUCAUUUAUUUGGUCAAACGAUGGACUAUUGUUGAACAAAUAUCUUGCUUGAGCAUAAAUCACUGACGCUAAAAUAAUUUUUUGAAUUAUCAGUGAUAUUACUAGUUUCCACUUGUCUUUUAAUCAAACAUUUUUGAAAACUUUCCGGAUACUGAGGUUGACUUGUAUCGGCAACUUUUAAUCUAACCACUCCAUGUUUCAUUGUUUGUUUGUGUUGUGACACUAGGAUUCUACGUUUCUACGCGAGAUUAUUUCAAAAGAACAGGAGAUAAACCAGUGGUGAUGAAGAUGAAACUGGUAGACCAGGUUGUACGAAGUUUUAGGGUGGCCAAAGUAUUUCGAGAAAAUACUGACAAAAUAAACAGCAUCGAUUUUUCGCCGAGUGGCGAUACUUUGAUAUCUUGUAGCGAGGACGAUCAGAUCGUGAUUUAUGACUGCGAAAAAGGCACACAGCUCCGGACGGUCAACAGCAAGAAAUAUGGUGUUGAUUUGAUACAUUUUACACAUGCCAAAAACACUGCCAUUCACAGUUCCACCAAAGUGGACGAUACCAUUAGAUAUUUAUCCUUGCAUGACAAUAAGUACAUCAGGUAUUUUCCUGGACACACCAAGAAAGUGGUUUCACUUUGCUUGUCCCCUGUCGAGGACACCUUUUUGUCAGGCUCUUUAGACAAAACGCUUCGCCUGUGGGACUUGAGGUCUCCUAACUGUCAGGGUUUGAUGCAUCUAUCUGGAAGGCCUGUAGCGGCCUACGACCCUGAAGGACUCAUUUUUGCUGCUGGAGUUAAUUCUGAAAGCAUAAAGUUGUAUGAUCUUCGAUCUUUCGACAAGGGUCCAUUUGUAACCUUCAAACUGACGCAAGAGAAAGAAUGUGACUGGACAGGCCUGAAGUUCUCCAGAGACGGAAAAACAAUAUUAAUAAGUACUAAUGGCUCCAUCAUCCGGCUGAUUGACGCCUUCCACGGAACACCUCUCCAGACGUUCACAGGCCACCUAAACAAUAAGGGCAUCCCCAUCGAAGCAUCUUUCAGCCCGGACUCUCAGUUUAUCUUCAGUGGGUCCACCGAUGGAAGAGUACAUGUGUGGAACGCUGAUACAGGUUAUAAAGUUUGCGUUUUGAAUGCAGAUCAUCCGGGCCCUGUCCAGUGCGUCCAAUUCAAUCCGAAGCUGAUGAUGUUGGCGUCUGCCUGCACGAACAUGGCUUUUUGGUUGCCAGCAAUGGAAGAUACGUAGGUGUCUCGUUGCAUCUCUUUGGAACACAUCAAUUUUUUCUAGUGAGAUUAGGUAUUAAAAAUGAAAAUUUUUAUGUUAGUUUCAUCUGUACUCUGGCAGUGCAUAUACAGGAGUGUGGGGAGUGUAUAGAGAGGUAAAGUGUAAAGUACCAGGGUGACUUUCCAAGCCAAAUAUUGAUGCUUUGCGGUAACUGAUUAUUCUCAGAAAAAAGGAAAAUCUAUCUCUCAGUUUCAUCAAUUACCUCUUCAUCGGUGCUUAAUUUCUUCCCAGCAAGUAUUCUCUUGAGAAAAUUCACUGGAAGUCAGAUCUGGAGAAUACGAUGGAUGCGGAAGCAAUUUGAAGUCCAAUUCAUGACGUUUUGCAAUCGUUUUUAUUGAUUUGUGACAUGGUGCAAUUUCUUGAUGAAACUGCACUUCCUUUUUGUGAAAUUUGAUAUGCGUAUUGCAUGGUUUCUGGAUUUGUUCUGAAGAAGUACCAUUUUGUCAGAUAUUUUGAUGUUUUCAAUGAUGUGAAUAUCUCAUUUUAGACCUACUUUUUGGGUUCUUUGUGAAGAACCGAAACAUUUGAUUUUAUUCCAUUUGAUUUACCAAAUGUUGGCAUACUACUACUGUGUGAUAUCUGUAGUGUCAUCUACAGAGAAAUAAAGUUUCAGAGCCUGGUCGCUGGAGUGGUCUCAGAACAGAACCCUGUUGCAUUCCUGAUGUAACAAGUCGAUUAGAGAUCCAGGUUGGCAUAUUGGUAUAUAAUUUUCCAAUGACAUUUUGCCAGUUUCAUUUUUAGUGAUCUUUAAAGCUUACCAAUUUGUAGUAGGAUUAUGAUUGGUAUCUUUUAUACACUGAAUUUUACAGAGUAUUUUAUAUUAAAUUUAUUCUGUGUAGAAAUCAAAAUCAUGAAAACUGUAUCAAGAAGAGAUACAUACUUAAAAGAAAAUAACAUUUCCGCAUUUUCUUUGUAUAAAGAAUGAGAAGCAGGAAGACAAAUCAUUUUUUCCCCGAGAAAAUUAAUAUUUCGAAAUACAAUUUCCAAACAUUCAUCUCUCUCUACAUACCUAGACAGUAGGUUCUAGUAUCCACUAUCCAACGUGGUAUUAGCCGGGGUAGUAGUUGUUUUCCGGCAGGCAUUUACCAGAACCUAUUGUGUAGAUAUGUUUCUUCACAGCCAAGGGCUUUGUUUACGAGAUGGAGCUUUCAUUAGUUGACCGUUACCUGUCUUGCAUCGAUGAGGGGUAAUACUUCGGAAACCGGUCUGUAAUUGAUCUACUUGAAUGAUUUAUUUUCUAAAAAAACUAAUCAAUACAGUUUAUUGUAUGAUUUUCACUAUAAAGGGUUUGACACAUGUUUUGCUAUACAAUAGCUUUGUUAAGCGUAAACAUUUAUUUUCAUUGAUUCUUUGUUUUGUCAUGUUUGUGAAUAAUCUUUGUGUAUAAAUUAUUCUGAAAGAAAAACAAAGAAAGUGUUAGUAGAUUGGUUGUAACAAUUUCUGUUCAAAUUGUUCAGUAUAUUUGAGCAGAGCUGAUUCUUUGGAAUCUCUAAAAUCGUAAACCAUAGUCUAAUGAGUAGAGGUAAAGCUGGAAUCUGAUUAUUACUACCUAAAUUGAAAUUGAAAGACUUAUGGGAAAACUCAUAAUUUGGAUUUGAUAUGAUUUCUUUAUUCAAAAAAAUAUUGUUGGGCCUUUGUCACAACUGUUGUACUUUUUGUGUUAACCUGAUUAUUUCGAAACUUUCCAUGUAAAUGUAAUCUAUACAUUUUUUGUGCAUGUCAUAUUUGGCUUGAAAAAUCAGUAUUGACAAUAUCCAGGAUUGAUGCGCUUCAAUGUGGAUUUUUAGUCAACCACCUUAUCAGUUUUAUAAUUAUGUAUUUAGCGCUAAUUAUCUUGUGAAUUUCGAAAACUACAACGUCAUUUAUUGUACAUACCAUCUCAACUAUAUCGCAUGGAUUGAUAUAGAACUUUUUUACUUUUCAAUGAUUGUAGGUCUAUGAAUUGCAUUAAAUUAUUUUUAUAACGGUUUUGUAUUUUUCUUUUAGGAUGCAAUUUAGAUUUCUUAGGUGUAAGCCCCUUAAACAACAUUUCAGAAUGUCUCUUUGCUGUUUUCGAUCUUCCAUAAUUUCUUUGUUGGGCCAGUUUUUAUAAUAAAUUACUUUCAAUUG